AUGAUUUGCCAACGCUGUCGCACCGGCAUCCUCUCGCGCCUCCAACCGCAAACCCUCACACGGGCAACCUCAGCCCCAACCCCCUCACCCAUUCGCCAAACCUCCCUCCAACGCCCCCAAUUCCACCAAACCCGUCCCUACAGCGACAACAAGCCCUCCGUCUCCGCAACCCCCCCACCACCCAAACCCCGCCAGCCCAUCGCGGACGACAUCUCAAUACCCUCCGCCGUGUCCUCGGCCACCCCCGGCGUUUCGCAACCGCUCAGCACCUCCGGCGCCGUGCAUGCAGACGUGCACCCGGAACAGCCGGUGAAGCAGGCGCCCAGGGUUGUUAGCAGCUGUGCGGCGGGAACGAAGUUGAAUGGCUUGAACUAUUUUAAAAAUAAGCCAGAUGUGUUUGCGCGCGAGGAUGAGGAGUAUCCGGAGUGGUUGUGGGGGUUGUUGCAGGAGUUUGAGAGCAAGAAGAAGGCGCAGGAUGGGGGUGUUGAUCCUAGUACUCUGAACAAGAAGGGCCGGAAGAAGUUGGAAAAGAAGCUCGCUGCUCAGGCUGCUGCCAUGCCCCCGAAGAUCCCCGUCCACCACCAAGCUAUCGAUAUCACGCCCGCGUCCUACAACCGUCCUGAAGCCGGAGAUAUCUUCACAGAGGCUACGGCGAGUCUCGAGAAGCGGACCGAGAUCACGAAGAGCGCACGCGAGGCUAGAAGAAAGGAGAUUCGGGAGUCUAACUUCUUGCGCGGUCUUUAA